AUGUCUCUCCAUGCAGCCACCAUGUCCACCUCUAGCACUAGCUCCUCUGCUGCCGCCUUGUCCUCCUCGCCUCCCCAGGAUGAAGAACUUCUCAUCGACCGUUACGAGCGCCGCCGCCUGGAGCAGACAGAAGCGGAGUACAUGAACUACUCUGUUAUGCUGUGUCGCUCAGGACGGAUGCAGCAACAUGGGCAGCUGCGCGCAAUGGUGUGGCGUGAUAUUGUUAUUGGACGCAAGAGGGUUACCGCGGUUCCACAGCUCAGUGAUGGCAUUAUCCGCCAGGUGCAAGAGGAGACCCGCUUGCAGACGAGGCAGGGCAGUUACAACCACAGUAGAGAGGGCACGCGCAUGAGCGGCUCCCUAGACUCCUUCGCCAGCCCUGCGGCGGAGGAGGAAGACCACCACCCCAACGGGAAAGGCAGCCUGAGUCAGGCGCCUGAAGUGAAGCAACGCAAAGACGGCGGUGGUGUCAGCAGCGACUCUUCUCCCCGGGGCAACCUCUUGUCCACCGGUGCUGGACUCGCGCUUAGCGCGACGGCGGCAUCACUACGUCGCCACCGCCACCCCUCGCUAGAGCCUCCACGCCCAGCGCCCCCCACAGAACAAAUAGAGGAGGCCGCUGACACCUGCGGUAGCGCAGGAGACGAGAGGCCGUUAGUGUUCGCACCAGUUCGACGGCGCGCCCUCUCGCAGCUCUCGCGACGCGUGAAAAGCGAAGCCGGCCACUUCCUCGAGCUCGCUAAGGACGUGGCGAGCCGAAACGAGACGCCUGUGCAGGACUUCUCCGGCAGUGUGCUGUGGCCCAUGUCGUGGUACCACUUGCCCGACAACUGCCAGCCGCGCGUAGUGGAGGCAGACAUCGAGCGCUCGCUAUGGACUUUGUAUCCGCACUCGGCAGAGCGCACUGAGCAACGGCGGCGGUUGAAGAGCAUGAUCCUGCGCGUACUCCUGCACAACCCAGAGCGCUUCUACUAUCAGGGCUUGCACGAGCUCAUGGGCUAUAUGAUGUACAUGCUGAGUCCGUACACGGAGUGGGAGGAAGUGGUGUCGGUGUGCGAGAAGCUUCUGGUAACUCGUUGGAAACGGUUCAGCGCGCGCCAUCUGAAGAGCUCCGAGGCGAUGCUGUAUGCCAUGCACGCCAUCAUUGCGCAGGAGGACCCUCCCUUGGCUGCUGCCCUGGAGUGGUGCGGGGUGGGACCGGAGUCCCAUUACGCUGUCUCCUGGAUGAUUACGUGGUACGUACACAGCAUCGACAGCCUAGAGGUGUUGGCCCGGCUCUUCGACUACUUCUUGGUGGAUGUGGAGGGUUCAGCCGUCAUCUACUUCACUGCCGCCCUCGUCGUGGGUCAGCGCGAGACGAUCUUCGAGUGGAUUCACAACGCCAAGGAGGAGAUGGGGGUCGACAUGGGUGCCACGGAGGCCAGUGACGAGGGCAUCAUGCUCAUGGCCCGCGUCUACGCCCAGCUCUCACGACUGCCAAGCAACGUGCUCGACAGCAUGGAUAAGAACGCCCUUAACGCGCUCAUGGAGCAGGCAGAGCAGUACUCCACGCUGCAUCGACACACGGUGCGGCAGGAGGAGCAGAACUUUCUCAACGGCGACAUCAAAAGACUUGGCCUGCUGUCGAACCAGCACACUCGUAAUGCGGCACUCCAGCUGCUCUGGCACUUUCUGCCGCGAGAAUGGCGCAGCCCCGCGAAGUCAGAGCACGUGCGUCGCGUGUUGUUCUGGACGGGCCUCAUGGUCGUAGCAACGGCGGUGGUCAUGGGGACGGCAAAGGUGGAUCUCAAGCCGGGUGAGUGGGUGCAGGGUCUGCUACACCGCUGA